UGCAACUCCAAAAAACCAGUAAAACUUUCUCAUAUUUAAAAUAAAAAAAAAAAAUCAGAGAGUGAUAAUUAGCUAUGCGUUUAAGCUGUAAUGGUUGCCGGGUUCUCCGGAAAGGCUGCAAUGAAAAAUGCUCAAUUAAACCUUGCCUUCAAUGGAUCAAAUCACCUGAAGCCCAAUCCAACGCCACCCUCUUCCUCGCUAAAUUUUACGGCCGUGCUGGUCUCCUUAAUCUCAUCAACUCUGGCCCUAAUCAUUUGCGUCCUGCUAUCUUCAGAUCCUUAUUGUACGAAGCAUGUGGACGUAUUGUAAAUCCAAUUUACGGUUCAGCUGGUUUGUUAACAUCUGGCAACUGGCAACUCUGUCAAGCCGCUGUUGAGGCCGUUCUAACCGGCGCGCCGAUCGCUAAACUUUCACCCGACUCAGCUGCAAAUACCACAAGCCCUUCACUCAAAGCAUGUGAUAUUCGCCACGUGUCAAAGGAAAACGAUUCUGGUUCGGAUCUACAUAAGGUUAAGACCCGAACCCGGUUCAAGCGCGUGAGGAAACAAUCGCCUGAGGUUGAUGAUGCGGCUCGGGUUAUGUGGAGUUGGUCUCAUAAGGAUGACGAUGUUGUCGAAUCGCCGAGCCGAGAUUCGGGUCUGAGCCAACAAGGAGAAAGUGGUGAUGCUGAAAGUGGCGGCUCGGUGGAAACUGUUGAAGCCGAGCCGGUAAAGCUGGGUGAGGAUGUUGGAUUGGACUUAACGCUGGGGUUGUAUAGCCGUUGAUGAAGAAAAUGAUUGACUUGGAUGAGGACACGUGUAUAAUGGGACUGUAGAUUAGCUUGAGCUUGUUUUGACGGGGUUUAUAUUAAAGAUUAAGACAAUCCUAUGUGAGCCCCAAGUUUUUGUGAGGUGGUUUUUAGUUUAUUAGAGUUUUAUUUACAUUUACUCCUAGUAGGUUUGUAUUUUUGUUAAUUCUUUUUGCGGGAAAGAGGUGCACGUGGAAUGUGAAUGUUAGAUACAGAGAAGUGAAUAUACAGAUCUGAAGUUGUGACUGCC